AUGUUUUUGCUCCAAGGAUUCGUCGACCCAUACCUGACAGCCGGGGCCGCGAUCCUCUUCGCGAUCCUCAUCGCCGUCCUCCGCCCGAAGAAGCCGACCCAUCCGCCGGGGACAACCCUCCCGCCAGGUCCCAAACCCAAACCCCUCAUCGGCAACCUCCUCUCGAUCCCGCCGGUGCACUCCUGGCUGGCCUUCCAUGAGCUCAUCAAAGAGCACGGCCCCGUCGUCCGACUCGCCCUCCCGGGCGGCCAGGAGCACGUUCUCCUCGGCACCGAGGCCGCCGCCAACGAGCUCCUCCGCCAGCGGGGCAACAUCUACAGCGAUCGACACUACGCGCCGGCGUCGUCGCACUUCUUGACGGAUGACCACAUGCUCCUACUGCUUCCCUAUGAUGAGAAAUGGAGAAACUACCGAAGGUUCCUGCACCAGGUCACCAUGUCGCCCGUCGCGCCGCAGUACGAGACGGAGCAGCGCAUCGAGGCGGUCCGAUUACUCCGCGACCUGAUCCGCAAGCCGCGCGACUAUGAAGCCCUUUUUGAGAGAUUCAGCGUCGGGCUGGGCAUGCGCAUCAUCUACGGCCUGCGCGCGGAGACCGGCCACGACCGCGAGGUGCGGAUGCUGCUCGACAUCGUCCACGAGCUGGAGCGCGUGGGCUCGCCCGGGAAGUACCUCCGAGCACGGAGGUGCCGCGACGAGGACUUCUUCCAAGAGCUGAUCGACCGGAGCAAGUCGCCGUCCUGGGCGCGGACGUGGCUCGGAACGCAAGACCAGUGGGGGCUUACGCGGCGGGAGGCGAAUUGGAUGCUGGGGUCUGUAUUCCAGGCUGCGGGCACGACGUCUGGGUCGGCUCUUGCGUCGUUUAUUCUCUGUGUUGUAAGGAAUCCUGGGUGGUUUGAGAAGCUUCAGGCCGAAGUCGACUCUGUUGUUGGACCCGAUAGGUUGCCUACUUUCGAGGAUAUGCCACAGCUUCCGCUUGUCAGGGCAUGCGUGAAGGAGACGCUGCGGUAUUACCCUAUCACGGCCGGCGGUUUCCCUCAUCGGCUGACGGAAGACGAUACCUACAACGGGUAUUACUUGAAGAAGGGUACCGUGGUGCAUGCGGUGCAGUGGGCUAUCCAACGCGACCCGGAGACCUACCCAGAGCCCGAACUCUUCAACCCGGACCGCUGGCUAGAUCCCAAGUAUCCGACAUAUAGGGAACCUCUCACAGUCUAUCCCAACUUGCAGCAGUUCACGGCGUUCGGCCACGGCCGCCGGAUAUGCCAAGGGAUCAAUAUUGCCGAGCGGAGUCUCAACCUCAAGAUCGCGCUGCUUGCUUGGGCUUGUAACAUUUCUCGGGCUAGGGACGAUAACGGCGAAGAGAUUAUACCGCCAGUUUAUGACUUUGCCGCAGGCUUUAACGUGCAGCCAAAGGAGUUUGAUUUCGAUCUCAAGCCAAGAAGUCAAGAACGAGUCGACUUGCUGGAGAGCGUGUUCGAGGAUACACUGAAAGAAGAUCCGUUAUUGUCAUAA